GCCGGCGGUGUCGCCCUGGCUCCCGCAGGAGGAGGCGCGGUGUAUGUCUCCGGCCGGGGCUCACUCCUCCGCACCUGCCAUGGGGAGACAUGAAGCCUGAUCCCGCAUGGAGGAGCCGGGGGGCCCCGGGACAGGAGCCCGAGCUGGAGGCGAGUACGGGGAGGAUGGCUUCUAAGGAGAAGCUCUAUGAGCUGUGGCUCCUCUACUUCACAAAGAAGGACCUGAAUUACCUGCAGCAGUGGUUGGAGGCUUUCGUCACGAACUUCGAGAAGAUCAUCUCGGUGAGCACUCUGGAGCCAAGAAGGCCGGAGGACUCUUCUUCGGAGAUCCCAGUCCUCCCCCGGGACGUCCUCAAGGUGCUGAGCCAGCAGCUGGGACUAUGUGCGGAGGACACCAAGGCAGACGUCAGCCUGAACCAGGCCCUCCUCCUCCUCAAGUUCUUCAUCAUCAUCAGCAGGAAUUUGGAGAAUGUGGAGAAGGAGAAGACGCCGGUUUUCGUAUGUGAGGUCAUUCAUCUGUUAACCGCGGCCACAGUCAAGUUAAAGAGCGCGCCCAGAGAAGAGGAGCAAGAGCAGCGCGCCCUGACCGAGAGCGUCGCCGUCUACGCCCUGCACCUGUGCGAAUGUCUCUUCGAUCCGUACCAGACGUGGAGGAGGCAGCUGGGAGGGGAAAUCGUAAGCGCAAAAGAAAAAAGUAAAUAUAAGUUUUCGCCUGCCGCUCUGCCGCCUGAGUUUUGCAGCUUUUUUAAAGACGCUUUUCACAAUGGAGAGAAUCUUCCAGAAUUGGUCAAAUUACGUUUAGUCCAUCUGUUUGGCGCCAUCAUCACCGGCUCUAAGGUGAACGCGCUGCUCCUCAUCACCCCGACCUCUGUAGACGUGCUGAUGCUGGUCCUGCAGAGCUGGUGUGUCGGUCAGGAGAGGGACCCGCGGGUGCUGCAGCUGGCGCUCGACUGCCUCAUCUCAAUGAUCCAGAUCCUGCACGGCAGCAGCCCCGGCCAGAGGAGAGUGGAGAUCAGACAGAUCCUGGACUGCUUCUUCAAGGUCCUCAACUGUGACCGGCCCCUGUAUUCUCCAGAGAGAGUGCUGGGGCCACACUGGGAGGAAGGACUCCUGGCCCUGCGCAUCAACAUGCUCCGUGCCAUUCCUCAGAUGUUGGACUGCAGUGACCGGCCGGUUCUACAAGCGAUAUUUCUUAGCAAUAACUGCUUUGAGCACAUUAUACGUCUGAUUCAGAACAGUAAGCUUUAUUUGAGCAGCGGCCACCGGCCAGAGGAGAGUGGGAGUGAUCUGACCACUCAGCUGCUGACCGAGCCCGAUAUUCUGAAGGUGAUUGACAGCGAUUCGGACGCCAUUACGGUUAACGCCAUCGGUGUCCUGACCUCCAUCAUGAGGAAUUCUCCUUCUGCCAAAGAGGUGUUCAAGGAGCGGAUUGGAUACUCACAUCUGUACGAAGUCCUGAAGAGCCGCAGCCAGCCCACAAAACGUCUCCUCCAGCAGCUACUGAACAUGGCUGUGGAAGGUCCUUACAAUGCUGAUCCCAUGAAUUGUAUUCAGAAUGAGCAGCCGCUGCUGAUCCUGGUCCAGUGGAUCCCAGACCUUUCUUCCAGACAUCUCCAGAUCCUGGUCUCUGAGUGGCUGAACCAAAUCUGCGACUCCACGCUGGGUAACCGUAUGACGUGUGUACAGGCGGGAAUGGUGGCCCACAUCCUGACCGCUCUGAGCAGCGAGGGGGCGCUGGAUGCAAAGUGCGCAGAGAACCUCAUCCACCUCCUGCAGGUGUUAGGGCGACUUUCCAUCAGACCCAACGAGCUGCGGGACCUCAUCCGACUCCUCAGGGUGAACGGCAGCGCCGCCCAUCCAUAUGUAACCCAGGUGAUCCGGGCUCUGUCUGCCAUGGCGAGGAAGGACGGGGCCGAGAGGGCAUUACAGUAUUUCGACUUGUCCCCCAGUAUGUCCGGUAUUAUGGUGCCGACCAUGCAGAAGUGGCCCGGUGCCGGCUUCGCCUUCCACGCUUGGAUCUGUCUGAAUGACGACAUGAAGGAAGAUUCUCAUACCGGGAGAAGACGCAAACAGCUGUACAGUUUCUUUGCAGCGAGCGGGACGGGUUUCGAGGCGUUCUUUACCGCUGACGGCAUGCUGGUCGUGGCCGUCUGUACCAAGAAGGAAUACAUGACGGUCGCCGUUCCUGAGCUGAUGUUCAAUGACUCCAUGUGGCACUGUGUGGACAUCGUGCACCUGGCUGGACGCCGUCCUUUUGGGCAGAACAUGGUUCAUAUCUACGCGGACGGACAACUAAGGAAAACGGCGCCGCUCCGAUUUCCAUCCCUCAAUGAGUCGUUCACCUCGUGCUGUAUCGGGUCAGCCGGCCACCGCACCACCACCACCGUGUCCACCUCUCCAUCUCAUACCCCGGACCUCACCUUCGCCUCACACUCCCUGCUCAGCCGCUCCCAGUCCUUCCCAGCCACCUCGGUGGGACACGGAUGGGGACUCAGCGGCGCUCAGAACUCACGCGAGGGCCUAGUGUCCACCAUUGUGGCCGGAGCCCAGGACACCGAAUGGGGGACGCCUACUUCAUUAGAAGGCCAUUUCGGCACCGUCUCCAUCUUCCAUGACUCCAUUCAGGCGACUCAUGUAAAGGCUUUGUAUCUGGCGGGACCGAACUUUGUUGCUCCCUUCACUCCAGAGAGCGAAUUUUCUGAUCUCGCUGCCAAGUUGCUUCUCUUCUACACUCCACAGGCUUCCAAAAAUAACAUCUGCCUGGACCUUUCCCCAAGUCGAGCCUUCGAUGGGAGGUUGACGGGGCACAGGGUGGUCACUUGGGAUGUGAAGGACGUGGUGAACUGUAUUGGGGGGAUGGGCGUCCUCUUGCCUCUGCUACACCAGGUAGCGUCACAGAAAAAGGAAGCCCCCGAGGUUCAGGAGACUCACGACCUGGUGGGGCCAGAGCUCACCUCCUCCAGGAAUGCCCAAUCCAUGCAGCUUCCCCUGGGGAAAUCCUCCGAGAGCAGACUGGAGCGGAAUGAAGUGGCCGCCUUCCUUCUCAUGGUAAAGAACUUCAUCCAGUAUCACCCGGCCAAUCAGGAGAGUCUGCUACAAUGUCACGGCCCCGCCAUCAUAGGAGCCCUCCUGCAGAAGGUGUCCCCCCUCAUACUGGAUAUGAAUGUGCUGAUGGCCUCUCAGAUGUUGAUGAACCAGAUUGCGUCUGAGGGUCACCACUUCCUGCUCCACCACCUCUACCAGCACCUGCUCUUUGAUUUCCGUAUCUGGAGUAAUAGCGAUUUUGCAGUACGACUUGGUCACAUUCAGUAUCUGUCCUCCAUCAUGAAGGACCACAAGCAGCGAGUGCGGAGGAAAUACGGGGUGCAGUACAUUCUGGACUCAGUCAGGAGGCAUUAUGGGACGCAGAAGGAGGAGCAGAUCACCGAGGACAAUAUGAGAACCACCCAGAUGUCCCUCUUCACUCUUACUAAGGAUUUCCUCUACAAAAACCUUAGUCCUGAAGACUUAUACAGCGUGCUGAACUACAUGGCGUCUGUGAAUGAUGAGGGGCAGGUGUGUGGGGUCCUGGACGUCCUGCUCAGUCUGUUGAAGGCUAAUAUUAACAAUGAACAUCUAUACUCAUUUCUCCUGGAACAAGGAAACGUGGACGUCUUCUAUUUCCUUCUUGUUCAGAAAAAGUUCUCCGAUCAGCUGAGGGAGAAAGUUUUCAAGAUCCUGUACAGGUUGAUGAAGUAUGAGAAGGUCAAUGACCGUGUGAAGCAUCGUCUGAAGCUGAAGGACAUCGGGUAUCAGGGUCUGAUCUGCUUCCUCAGUGAGGUCCCGGUGUCCAUGCUGCUGAUACGCUGCCUCUCCGAGCAGGUCCUGGGCUCCGACGUGACCCCUAACUAUAGGGACCUCCUGGCCGUGGUUUAUCUGUCGCACAGGGCGGAUCUUCCGGUGAAGCUCGAUGUCUGUCGUAAGCUGUUCCACCUCAUCUACUCCCAACAAGAUGUCGUACGGCAGCUCGCCAAGCAAAUCGGGUGGCAGGAUAUCCUGACCAAACUCUACAUCAAGGAGUCCUACGAAUCGAGACCCCGAAGCCUAAGCAGUCCGAUGUACGGGGGGACUGUGUGUCCUCUGAAGAGAAUGGGCAGCAGUAAGGACGGGGAGUCGGGGAGUUACAGGGACGGCUCUAUAGACCAGGCCGACCCCGAUCCCGUCUUCCAGAACUUUGAGGCUUCUGACCUCGACUUCUCUGAAGGGUUCUCUGAUCACUCCAUGUCUCCGGCUGCCAAAGAGAAACCAUUCCAUGCGUAUAAUUUCAAGUCCUUUGACUCCUCAGACCAAGCGAGCCACUGCUCCUCCAACAUGGUGGAUGCCUCGGGGUCGGAGGACACCAGCUGCACUGAUGGACCCCCCUAUGACAAUGUCUACCAGCCUCUCUCCCCUUUCUCCAUGUCUCCGUUUGAUCUACGUUUGGAUCUAGGAAGUGCCAGUUCUGCCAUCACUGUGGAGAGCGGGAACCAGACCCCGGCCAGCCAACCGGGCACCCCGUCACCGCUGGAGACCUUCAAACCCUUCCCUGGGAUGCGGGUGAGGAAGAGCUCCAGCCUCUCCAAUGUUCUGGAUGAGAACAGCUACCAGGAGACUCUACCCAGCGACACCAUCUCCAACACCAGCAACCCACAGCAGACUCCAGAAGAAGAGCUCUGUAACCUCCUCACCAACAUCAUCUUCUCUGUCACCUGGAGGGGAGUGGAGGGUCAGGAAGACGCGGCUUGGAAGGAGCGGGGUCAGGUCUUCUCUGUCCUCACCAAGCUGGGGUCGGCCUGCGAACUAGUGAGACCCCCAGAUGAGAUCAAGAGGAGCCUCUUGGAGAUGAUGUUAGAAUCAGCGUUAACCGAUAUGAAAGAAGCGUCAACAUCCGCCGGCCCCGGCCACAACGUCCACAGGCUCUUACGCCUCCUUCAAGAUUUCCUCUUCUCUGAAGGGGACAGCAAUGAAAUCCUCUGGAGCGAGAAGAUAUUUGAAGGGGUCACUAACUUACUAGAGAAGCUGAAUGUCUGGAAUUACUUGGCAUACGGGACUCCGGAGCUGAAGGAGAUGGCUCAGAUCGGCCUCAGGAUCAUCGUAGGGUUCAUCAAGUUAGACGACCAGCAGAUGCAUUUAGCCGCCUCUUCAAAGCUUCAUGAAAUCCUAAAGUACGCCACGGCCCUGAAGAAGGAUGAGACUUGUUUCUUACUCGGGAGUCUUCAGCUCCCACUCCUGAACUCCCUCACCGCCAAGUCUGAGACCUUCUUAGGCCUGGUGCCCAUUAUUCGGACCAUCAUGGAUCAGUGUUACGAGUGCCUCCAGCUACAGCAACAUCUGCCCUCCCUGCCCCCCACCAACGGGAGUCCGACCUUCCAUGAUGACCUCAAGGGGUUCUGCACUACUGCCGAGUGGAGACUCUUCAUAGAGAAGCAGGUCCAGCCUGUGAUGGAGCAACUGGAAAAGGAAACAUUUGCAAAAAGCCACGACCGAAUGUCGUCCUUCUGGAAUUCCUGUUAUGAUGCUUUAAUGAGCAGCUCGCUAAGAAGGGAAUCCGACAAGGGGGAGAGCCGCGCCAAAUACCAGGAGCUGGUGCUGGAGCCCGUCCUGAAGAGGAUCCGGACUGAGAACCAGCGAUACAACAGCGUCCUGAAGCAGAUCAACAGCCAGCACAAUGCCGUACUGAGGCAGUGGAGAUCCCUCCUGCGUCUGUUGACCGGCCCCCGCGGAGCCUGGGCUGACCAGAACCCUCCGGAGGUUAGGUGGAAGCUGUCCAGUGCUGAGACUUAUUCUAGGAUGCGGCUGAAGUUGGUGCCCAAUUACCAGUUUGAUUCCCACACUGAGGCCAGCGCCCUGCGUGACAACCUAGGUACUGACCCCAGUCAGGCAGUGGAGGAUUCUUUUCCACUUGCUGUCGCCAAGGAGGCGAAAGUGAACGAACAAGAGGAUGACCAGCUGGCUGAGGAAGAUCUGCAGAAUAUAUACCACAUGGAGAUCCAGGAGCAGAGUCAGAGGGAGAAGCUGGUGAUCUCGGAGGACUGUGAGCUCAUCACCAUCAUGGCCGUCAUCCCCGGACGUCUGGAAGUCACCACGCAGCACAUUUAUUUCUACGAUCUCAGCAGCGAGAAGGAGGAGACUGAGGAAGGAAUUGGAUACGACUUUAAGCGCCCACUGUCCCAGCUCCGGGAGGUCCAUCUGCGGCGGUAUAAUCUCCGGAGAUCCGCCCUGGAAUUAUUCUUCAUCGAUCAGGCCAAUUACUUUGUCAACUUCAAGAAAACGGUCAGGAACGUGGUCUAUUCCCGGAUCUUGGGCCUGAACCCCCCCAACCAGUUUCUGUUUGGCCGACGUUCCCCACAGGAGCUGCUCCAGGUCUCGGGGCUGACCCAGAAAUGGGUGUGGAGGGAAAUAUCCAACUUCGAGUACCUGAUGCAGCUGAACACGAUCGCCGGAAGGACGUACAAUGACUUAUCGCAGUAUCCCGUGUUUCCUUGGAUAUUACAAGAUUACGUUUCUGAGACCUUGGACUUGAAUAACCCAGAAGUAUUCCGCGACCUCUCCAAACCCAUUGGUGUAGUGAAUGAGCGGCACGCGCGGGAGGUGAAAGAGAAGUACGAGAGCUUUGAAGACCCCACAGGAACGGUGGACAAGUUCCAUUACGGAACCCAUUACUCCAACGCGGCCGGAGUGAUGCAUUACAUGAUCCGCAUGGAGCCGCUGACCACCCUACACAUUCAGCUGCAGAGCGGCAGGUUUGAUUGUUCUGAUCGGCAAUUCCACUCUAUCCCCGCCGCCUGGCAGGCCCGCAUGGAGAACCCUGUGGACGUCAAAGAGCUGAUCCCAGAGUUUUUCUAUUUUCCUGAAUUUCUGGAGAAUGAAAAUGGUUUUGACCUUGGCUGCCUCCAGAUCUCCAAUGGUAAAGUGGAUGACGUUGUGUUACCGCUCUGGGCCUCCUCGCGGGAGGAUUUCGUCUACAAGCAUCGGCAGGCACUGGAGUCUGAGUACGUCUCUGCCCAUCUUCACGAGUGGAUAGAUCUGAUCUUCGGGUACAAGCAGCGGGGGGAGGCAGCGGUGGAAGCGCUGAAUGUGUUUUAUUACUGCACGUACGAAGGUGUGGUGGACUUGGACGCCAUUGCAGAUGAGACGGAGAGGAAAGCUUUGGAGGGGAUUAUCAGUAACUUUGGACAGACCCCCUGCCAGCUUCUCAAGGAGCCGCACCCGCCGCGGCUGUCCGCUGAGCACGCUGCCCGGAGACUUUCCAAGAUGGACACGUACUCGCCCAACCUGUUUGAGAGGUUAUCUGAGCUGAAGCCAUUCUUUGUGGAGGGUAUGAUGGAGGGGGUCCCUCUGGUGCAGGCCGUGGUGCCCAAAAACCAGGCUCAUUCCUUCAUGACUCAGGGGUCUCCAGACGUGCUGGUCACAGUUAGUGCAAAUGGCCUCCUGGGCACUCAUGGCUGGCUGCCCUAUGACAAGAACUUCUCCAAUUACUUCAGCUUCACAAAGGACCCCACCAUCUCCAACCCCAAGACUCAUCGCCUCCUCUCCGGUCCCUUUGCUUUGGGGGCUGAGUUGUCUUCUCAAAUCCUUGUGGUGUCUCACGAUGCAAAGUUACUGUUCAGUGGUGGCCACUGGGACAACAGCCUGCGGGUCACCUACCUGAGCCGGGGGAAAGUCAUCGCUCACAUCACCAGACAUAUCGAUGUGGUGACCUGCCUGGCUCUGGACCUGUGUGGCAUAUACCUCAUCUCUGGCUCUCGGGACACGACGUGCAUGAUCUGGGAGGUUCUGCAGCAGGGUGGACUUUCUGCCGGAUUGUCUCCUAAGCCGGUGCAGGUGUUGUACGGCCACAGCGAUGAGGUGACGUGCGUGGCCAUAUGCACAGAGCUGGACAUGGCCGCCUCCGGGUCAAAGGACGGGACGGUCAUCGUGCACACCAUCCGGCGCGGUCAGUUCAUGAGGUGCAUCAGGCCUCCCUGCGAGAGUUCCCUACCGCUCACCGUCUCCCACCUCACCGUGGGCCUGGAGGGGCAGAUCGUCUUCCAAAGUAUCAUCGAAGGCAGGAGCUCGCUGAAGGAUAAAUUUGCGCUGCACCUUUUUUCCGUCAAUGGGAAGCACCUGUCCUCGGUGGGUCUGGAGGAGCAAGUCUCCGCCCUGUGCGUCACCCAAAACUACGUGGUCCUGGGCACCGCACAGUGCUCUCUCCAGAUAAGGGACCUCCGCAGCCUGAGCCCGGCCGUCACCCCGCUGCCCAUGAAGGUCCCCGUGCACUGCGUGUCCGUCACCAAAGAGAACAGUCACAUCCUGGUGGGAUUAGAUGAUGGCAAACUGAUCGUGGUGGGAGCAGGACAACCCCUGGAGGUGAGAACAGGUCAGUUCACCCGGAAGCUCUGGGGCUCCACUCGGCGCAUUUCCCAGGUGUCUUCUGGAGAAACAGAAUAUAGACCGACCGAGUCCAAGUGGUGACCGAGACAUGUGAAGACCUCAAGUGCCUGACAGGAUUCCUGACCCCCGGGUGUCGGUUGUGGACCCUCCUGCUUGGACGUUGUUCAGCGAUCCUGUGGAUUAUCUGCUUCAUAUUCUGCCCCAUUGGUGGUCAGGGGCUGGAGCAUAUCAGGGCCCUGCCCUCUGUAUAAGCAAUAACCAGGGACUGAUCUGAUCAGUGGAGACCACUCUCGCACCUUCUUACAGAUUUGCCGCUUGUGUCUUCUGUAUUCAGAGACUAUAAUAUAAUGAAGACAAGUGGAUUGGAUUAUUUCCCUUUCCGGUCGGUCACACUCGCAUUCCCUUGUUGGACAGACGAACUGUGCGCCGAUGAGGAUGACGUCACCGCUGCUGCUCUGCGGCCGUAUCUGCGUUCUGCUGCCGUUUUAUCACAUUCCUGUAUUUUUUAUUGACUUUUGUAGUAAACACUGUAAGAUAUUUUAUGUGGCGGAAGGGCGGAACGGGAGCUGCACUCAAUCCCGAGCAUCCGUCGCUUCCGCCGGUCCGGCGCUGGUCGCCAUGACGCCUCCUCGUCUUUUACCUACUGACUUCACAAUUAUCGCUGCAUUCUGAGGACUUGUUACAAUGUUUCCUUCUUGUUACUGAAACCAAAAUAUGAGAUUUUUAUUGGACACGGUUGGGACGUGUAAUGCUCUGGGUGGGGGAGGGGGACGACGCUCUUAGGAUUCGGUACUUUGAAUUGUGUACGGUUUAUUGUGCAGGUUUGAUGGCUGUUGCCUCGUUGAGGACGGAGGUUGUGAGUCGCAGGUCUGGGCCUAUGAUGUAUAUAGUGAUCUGUGUCCUCUAUGGGUAUUUAUGGGGUGACUACUAUUCUGUUAUGGGCUCAAGGUUCUGGGGUCUUUACUUCCUAUAUUUGCACUAAAUCCCCCCAAUUUUUCUCUCUGAUUGUGAUUUUUCUACUGCUUUUAUAUAUGCAACGAAUGCAAGUAAUCCCUGUGGACUGUAUGAAUUAUGGGGGUUUGUAUUGUAUAUACUCGAUAACAUUCCUUUGGCGUCAAUAGGGAAGGGGCCAUGUUCAGGUCCCAUUACCUUUUUAGCUGGUUUUUGGUGGGGGUGAAAAUGUUUUGAAUUUUCAUAAAUUUUUGUCUUUCUAAAGAAAAAAAAAAUUUGAAUCAUUGUAUAGUCUCUUUUCAAUCUAAAGGUAAUGGCUGUUACCCUCCUGUUACGACUGCCGCAGAUAUUCCCCCUGUGCUUGGUUUUAUAGAUACAUUCAUGGCCUUUGAUACUUGAUGUGCAAUAAAUGUCUCAUUGAUUCAAAAAGGGGAAAAAUGAAUCAAAAAGGUUGUUUUUUAAAAUAUACAUAAAGUGGGCACCUCAGAAUGGACAUGUAGAGUUUUGGACUGUGAUCUUGUUUAAGGUCGGGGUGACACCACUGCUGCCGGGCCCUACAUGAAUGGUGGGAGGUCUGGACGGUUGGUGUUUUGGUUUACCAUGGAGCAGAUCUCAGAAAUGUUUCAUUUGCAGAAGGUUUCCCCCUCUACAAUAUCUACUGGGGACCGCAAUGGGGGCAGCCGACACUCCGUGAGUAGCACAACUUAAACCAAUGACUACUGAUUGAUUCUCCUUCUUAGUGUUAAUGGUUUGUGAUUGGUCAAAGACCUGUGGGUAACAAAAGAUGGACAUCGCCAUUGUAUCUCUUCCUGCUUCUAAAUCAGACCCUUCACCAAUGUGUUACCUUAUAGAACAUACACGGCAGGGACCACAGUGGGGGCAGCAGACACCCCAUGUGUAACAUUACAUUAACCAAUGAAAAAUUGUUUCUCCUCCUUGGUGUUGAUGGUUUGUGAUUGGCCGAUUCUCAUGUAUUACAUAAGAUGGAGACCUUCAUUAUUGUAUCUCAUAAAUUAGACCCUUCACCAAUGUCUUUCCUUAUAGAUCAUACACGGCAGGGUCUGCAAUGGGCAUAGUGGACAUGCCAUAUGUAAUGUUACAUCAAUCAAUGACUACAAAUUUUUUCCCCUUAUCAAUGAUGAUGGUUUGUGAUUGGCCAAGGAGUAUGGGUAAAAUAACAUGGAGAUCUCCAUUAUUGUAUCUCAUCCGGCUUCUAAAUUAGACCCUUAGCCUAUGUGUUACCUUAUAGAUCAGGCAUAGGCAACCCUCGGCACUGCAGGUGUUUUGGACUACAUCUCCCAUAAUUCUCUUACAGCCAAAAUACUGCCAAUACAAAAUAAGCAUUAUAAGACAGGGGUGUGGAAAUAAAAAAAUAAAAUAAAACUACUUUCCCAAGGUACUAAAACAGAGCCCAAUCUACUUGUCCCUCAUGACGAUCCACUUGUCUGGGCCAAUUUUUGCUUUUACACUCUCAUUUUUUCCUCCUCGCCCUAUAAUAACCAUAACUCUUUUAUUUUUCCAUCUACAGAAUCAUAUAAGGGCUUGUGUUUUUUUGCAAAACCAAUUGUACUUUGUAAUGAUACCUUUUAGUUUUCCAUAACAUAUGCUCCGAAACAACAAAAAAAUAUUGGUGAGGUGAAAUUGAAAUAAAAUUUUCUUUUUUUACACCAUUUACCUCGUGGUCAGCUAACAUGUUAUUUUGAUACUUUAGGUUGUCCUGAUUACCGCAAUACCCAAUUUGUAGUUUCCGUCAUGUUUUACUAAUAAAAAAAAAAAUUCUGAACUUAAAAAAAAAAAAAUGUAUCGCUGUUUUCUCACCCCUGUAGCUUUUUAAUUUUUUUUCGUAUACCAGGCUGUAUAAGGGAUCAUUUUAUGCGCCAUAAUCUGUUUUUUGUAUCAGUACCAUUUUGGUAUUGAUCUCACUUUUUUUUUUAUUGCUUUUAACUUUUUACUGGGAUAUUAUACAAAUUGCAAUUCUGGGGUUUGGUAUUUUUUUACUAUAUGGGAUAUUUAAUGCUAUAUUUUAAUAGUUUGUACAAUUACGCACGCGGCGAUACCAAAUAUGUUUAUUUUUAUUAUAUUUCCAAGUUUUUAUUAGUCCCUUAGGGGACUUUUAGGAGGAAUCAUUAGAUUCCUCAUACAGAUCAAAGGGUUAAUAGCCAACCGCAGCGAUCGGAUCACCGCAUGCUGGCUAUUAGCGGUGGCCCCAGCACCUGAAAACAGCCGGAGGCGGGCACGAGUCUGGAGCCCGCUCCAUACACCCCUCUGAGCGCCACCACGCUUGUCGGGGACAUUCCGAUCUGGCCCUGCUUGCCGAAAGCAGGGCUAAGGGCCUGAAAAAUUCACCUGCCCAGUGCCUGGAACUGCAUGUCCCGGGCGUCGGGAGAAGGGAAUUCCACAUCCCUGUGGGAGAUGUAGUCCAAAACAUCUGCAGUGCCGAAGGUUGCCUAUGCCUGUUAUAGAUCAUACUCAGAUGGGACUGCAAUGAGCACAGCAGACACCCGAUGUGUAACCAAUGACAUAAUUGAUUCUCCUACUUGAUGUCAAUGGUUUGUGAUUGGCUGAGGCCUGUGGAUAGCAUAAGAUGCCUAUCUCCAUUAAUCUAUCUCAUACUGCUAUUAAAUCAGACCCUUUACCAAUGUGUUAUCUUAUAGACCAUAUUCUGAGGGGACCGCAGUGGGUGCGGAGGACACGCCAUAUGUAACAUUACAUGAAUCAAUGACUACUGAUUGUUUCUGCUUUUCAAUGAUGAUGAUUUGUGAUUGGCCGAGACCUAUGGGUAACGUAAGAUGGAUAUCUUCAUUACUGUAUCUCAAAUCAGACCCUUUACCAAUGUGUUACCUUAUAGAUUAUACACGGCAGGGACCGCAAUGGGCGCAGUGGACAGGCCAUUUGUAAUGUUACAUAAAUCAAUGACUACUGAUUGUUUCCCCUUUUUUAAUGAUGGUGGUUUGUGAUUGGCCGAGGCCAAUGGGUAACAUACUAUGGAUACCUCCAUUAAAGUUCAUACGUUAUGUGAAAUUAAACCUAUUUCAAUUGUACAAUCUUUUCUGAUAAUAUUCUGUUUAAGAUUUAUUUUGUUCCUGCAGUCUUUGCUUAUGACCCAUCUUGGUCUGUCUAGGUAAGUGCUGGCUUAGAUCGUCUUCGCUACAUAUACAAGGUGGAUUGUUAGAAAGUGAUCAGAUUCAUGGGGCAAAAAACUGUCCAGGGGUGUAAGUUACAUAUUUUUUUGCUACACUUCUGAUUUUAUUAACUUGUUUU